AUUCCAAAUUCCAGGAGAUAUGAAUGCAAUUCAAUGACUAAAGGCUUGACUAGUACUACGUCCUGGUGAUUUGAUGAUAUCCAUGAGAAACAAACUUCGAUUUUAAAGUCCUCUCCUCUAGGAGCACGAAACGACUUCGUUCUACCUGCCACCCGAACACUAGAAGCUCUACGAUCAUGCACCUCCCCACCACGCUCUUUUUCCUUUCAGCAACCAUCACUCUACCAUACCGGGCGUUAGCAUUACCAAUAUCGGAAGCAGAACAAGAUGCCCACAUCGUUGAGCGAAGGAGAGCUACAUACUCAGUUGUUAAUGUUGAUGGCAGUGGGACGACAGCAGACGAAUACUGUUACUGUGACGGUUACGGAGAGUACAUCAUCCCCUUUGACUACUUCCCCCCCGCCUACUCCCUCAACAAUAACAACAACGACACUAAUGCCACUCUCCUCAACGGCUCAGACGAGUCAGUCUUCACUCACGGCCCGCGCAAGUUCGACUUCCUCCAGAUCGACCGCGCCUAUACCAACCAGUUCACCGUCUCCAUCCCAGACGCCUACCACGACAAGUACCUGGCCGUCAUUAAUCUCGUCAUCAUGGGCUCCAUCCACGGGAAUUCCCCCACCAGUUCCCGCGGAGCAAACCAAUAG